AUGUACCAGGCAACUGUCUCCAAGCGGGCAGACAACACCAUCCCCAGCGGGGUCAUGCAGGAGUCGGGGGUCUGUUCCCUGCCUGGGGGACUUGCAAGUGUGAGGAAACAAUUUGAGACCCAGGAAACUGCAUCAUCACAUAAUGUAACCCAGUUUCAUUUCCAUCACAGAACCGUGCAGGAAAUGUCCCAUUCAGAGGUGACAGAGUCAAGUGACACCAGGCAGGUCCUCCCAGGCAGUCAGCAGCUAAAUUUCAAUCAAGAAAUGAUGGUGUCAUAUAGCGACAACAACUUGGCAUCCACUUAUGAAAACCAUCAAAAUGAAACAGAAGAGGAGUUUCCCAGGUACACAACAAAAGAACUGAGGGAUCACUUUGAAAGAACAAUAGAAGAGGCCGCGCCACAAAAACCAAUUAAGACUGGAUGUGACAUCAGUCGAUCAAAGUGGUCCUCAAGUGCGACUCAAAACAACAUAGUGGCUAGUGAGGUGUGUGAAGCAUCCCAUACUGAAGAAAUGCAAGACACAAUGGUUGCAAUGAUGGAUUAUGAGGACUUUCCACCCCCACCAGCUGAGGAUUCUGACUACCUUCCACCCCCACCUCCAGACUUAUUACAAAUGCCACCAGACAGCGAAAAUGUUCCAAGGUACCAAUAUGCACAUGAACCAGCAAACCCAUCCAAAUACCCACUCAACAGAGAGGCUUACAUCAAGCAGAGAAGUAUGAAUGAGCUGAAACGUCUUUACAAGCACAUUCACCCUGAGGUUCGCAAGAAUAUUGAGAAAGAGUACUACAUUGAUUAUAACGAAACCGAGAACAACCAGGUAGAGAGCCAGGAGUACAUGUAUGAAGAUGAUGUUGGCAGUCCUGAUGAUAUUAAUGAUGAAGAAUAUGCAGAAUGGGAGGAGAUCCUUCCCGGGGACGUGCAGGCAAUGCGUUGGAAGUUUGAAAAUAAGCCACUGGAUGCCAUCAAAGAUGAAACUCCUGAUGACGAUGAAGACAAUAAGAAAAUAACUGAGCAGGAAAUCAUUCUGGGAAAAGAUGUAAGGCGAACAGCAUGGAUGUUUGAGACCAAGCCAAUGGAUGAGCUGGGCUCACAAAACACAAAUUCCACAGAAUACAGAAACAAAUUUAAUAAAUUUGAUAAAGGAGAUGUCCGCGCUGCAGCUUGGUUGUUUGAAACUCAAACUAUGGACACCCUAAACAAAAUGCAUAAAGAGGAGGAUUUGACGAAGGAAAUUGUAUUCACAGAGGAGGAUGGAAAUGCUACCAUUUACAUGAUUGACAAUAAAUUCAUGGGAGUCCUUGGGCACACUGAGACCAUUGAUGAGAGCCACCUGCUGUGUCUGCGGUCAGUGUUAGAGGAGAUUAAUGGAGAUGUGAAAACAGUAACAAGUACAUUUGACACUCAGUUCAAAUGUAUUAUUAUGGGACAAUCAAGUCAGAUGCUGGAGAUUAAGUCUGUGCGCAAAAUUGAAACUGAAUUGGAGAGCUCAAUUGCUUCACGUUGGCUUUUUGAUACCCAACCUCUGGACAUCACAAACAGAGAAAAUGCUCCUUUGAAACUUGUGUGUAGUCUUUCCAUGGAGGACAGCAAUAAAGGAGACUGGGGCAGGUGGCUGUUUGAGAUAAAAACAUUAAAUUCUCUCAGUGAGUUGGAAAGCUCACAAAUGGAAACGACAGAGAUCAUGGGAGCUGAUGUGCGCAAACACUGCUUAGUGUUUGAAACACAGCCAAUGGAUUCUCUGAAAGAUGACUCCAAUGCCAGACCUCAGUCUAUCGAGGAGAUUAUCGGGGGCAAUGUUAGAUCUGCAAGGCACUUUUUUGAAAGCAGCCCUCAAGCAGUCAGGAAGAACUGCCCCGAGGUUGGAAAACUUAAAAAGGCAGCAAUAAGUGAAGAAAUAAAAGGGGAUGUGAGACACCAAAAGUGGCGCUUUGAGAGUCAACCUUUAGAGGACAUAAGAGAAGCGAAGAAAGAGGUCACUCGUACAGUGAAUGUCGAAGAUGACCUCACACAGGAGGACGGCACAAGCUGCAGGGCAGAUGUACGCAAGAACUGUUGGGUAUUUGAAACCCAGCCAAUGGAUACUUUGAAAGAUGAUGCAAAUGCACGCCCUUUGACUAAAGAGGAUGUCGUUGCAGGUAAUGUCAAAUCAACCAGACAUUAUUUUGAAACAAUUCCAGCAGAAGAGUUAAAGGAGUUGGCAGAGGUGGGAAAACUGAAAAAGACUGUAGAACUUAAUGAGGAGAAGGGUGAUGUUAGACAUCAGAAAUGGCGGUUUGAAAGCCAACCUCUGGAGCAGAUUAGAGAGGAAAAGAAAGAAGUCGUCCGAACAAUUGACCUGGAAGAGAUUGAUAAAGUGGAUGUGUCAAGCUACAAGCAAAUCUUUGAGAGCACAGAUUUAAACAGCAGGAAUGAGUCUCAAAAGAUUCUAAUAGAGGGAGUUACAUCUGGCUCUGUGAAAUCAAAUACAGAAUUGUUUGAAUCUACUCCAUUGUAUGCCAUGCAAGACAGCGCAGGUCACUUCCACGAGGUGAAAACAGUGCGUCGGGAGGAAGUUGUUAGAGGAGAUGUAACAACAUAUAAAUGGAUGUUUGAAACAAAACCGAUUGAUCAGUUCGAUGAAAGCAUCGACAAAUAUCAAAUUAUCAAGGGCAUAUCCAAACAGGAAAUUGAGUCGGGUGAUGUUAAAACUGCAAAGUGGUUGUUUGAAACACAGCCUCUUGACGCUAUCAAGUACUUCAGCAACAUUGAAGAUGAAGAAACUGUGGGUUCAAGUAAACAUAUUGAUGUUGUGAAAGGUGAUGUGAAAACCUGCAAGUGGCUAUUUGAGACCAAACCAAUGGACAUCUUGUAUGAAAGAGUGGAGGUAAAGGAUGAAAAUGAAUCUGAAGAAAUGUAUAAGGGGGAUGUUAAAACCUGCACUUGGCUUUUUGAGACGCAAGCACUUGAUGCUAUCCAUGAUGAGACAGAGACAGUUCUGAACACGCGCACUGUAAAACAAGAGGACAUCAGCGGAAAAGAUGUAAGAAUGGCUUGUUUUCUCUUUGAAACAGAGAAACUGGAGAACCUCACUGGAGAGGAUAUGGGAGCUUUUAAACGUGUCACAGAGAUAGACAUUGCAUCUGGAGAUGUGUCUAGGAUGAAGUACAUUUUUGAGAAUCAAACAUCUGAUAUCACCACUUCUACAUCUGAGGAAGUGAUGCAAAAGCUCAAGAGAGUUCAGACCGAAGACAUACAAAAAGGAAAUGUUGUGAGCUGCAAAUGGCUCUUUGAAAAUCAAUCCAUUGAUGCCAUACACGACAGUCAAGCGCAGACGAUGAGCAGCCACACAGUGAACGACGUACAAGGAGGAGAUGUGGAUAAGGGUCGUUUUAUUUUUGAGACCUACUCCCUAGAUAAAAUUCAGGAGGUUUCCUCUGACGUGGACACAGAGCUGAAGAAAAUCCAAAAAAUCGUCUGUGAUGAGGAGGAGAAGGGCAAUGUAGGAAAUUACACAAUGAUGUUUGAAACUCAGCCCCUUUAUGCCAUCCAGGACAAAGAGGGCCACUACCACGAGGUCACCACUGUCACAAGUGAGGAGGUGACACAGGGAAAUGUUGUAGGAACACGAUGGUUGUUUGAAACAAAGCCCCUCGAUGCUAUCAAGGACACAGAUGAGGUUUAUAUAAUUAAAUCCGUCACACAGCAGGAUGUGCAAAAAGGAGAUGUCGUCUCUGCUAAAUGGAAAUUUGAGACACAGCCUCUUGACAAGAUUGCUGAAGAAAAGAAGCCUUUAAUAAAAACAGUAGAGGACAUUCAAGGGGGCGACGUAAGAAUGAAUAAACAUCGCUUUGAGUCUGACACUUUGUCACAGGGAUGUGUUCGAACUGUUAAUGUGAGUGAAAUUCAAAAAGGUGACGUCAGAACUGCUAAGUGGAGAUUUGAAACUCAGUCCAUUGACAAAAUCAGAAGUAUGAGCUCUGAAAAUUUGAUUGAAACUGUUAAAAAGGAGGAGACUGCAAAGGGAGAUGUUAAACAUUCAGUCUGGCUGUUUGAGAAAAAUCCUCUUGACCACAUUAAAGAGGCAGAUGAGGAUGAGGAGACAAACAUCCCUCAAGAGGAGAUCCCCAAAGCAGAUGUAAAGACAACAACUUGGCUCUUUGAGACGACACCAAUUGACGACUUUAAUGAGACAAAAGUGGAAAGGACGGAAAUCCUGGGCAAGAGCGUCAAGGGAACUCUUGAGGAACUUUAUAGUCAGAAAAUGGUGAAAUCGAAGGGAAUUCUCAUUGAAACUGAUGAAAUUGGUGACGUUAGGAUGGCAAAAUACCAGCUAAUGAACAAGCAGGCUCCUGAGAUUCAACGAGAGGAAGUAAUCAGGGGAGAUCUGCAGACUAUCAUGAUGAACCUACUGAACAGACAGGAAAGACAGGAGCAGCAGAUAGUCAUAGAUUCAGAAGAGAAAGGUAAUAUCAGCUCAACAGUACAGCAAUUAUUUAGCCAAGAAAGAGUUAGCACUGUUGAAAAGGAGGAAAUAAUACGCGGUGACAUCCAGGAGGCUAUAAACAAACUUUUCAGCGAGGAUGGAUCAGCAAAACAUGGAAUACUCAUCCAGGAGGAUGAAAAAGGAGAUGUACAGAUGACAUUAUAUUCGCUUCUAAAUAAACAAGAAAAUGUUUCUGCUGAAAAAGAGGACAUUGUCAAAGGGGAUAUAAAGAGUGCUCUUCAAAGGCUGUCCAGCCCAGACAAGUCAGAUCAGGCAGUGAAGAUAAGGGUAGAUGACACUGAAAAGGGAAAUGUCAGCUUUUACUCUACGUGCAUUGAAUCUGGGGCUGUGGACUAUCUUAAACAACUCCAUUUAGAGUCUGAUGAUCCUCCGUCUGAAACAGCAAAAAAAGAAGUGAUUGUUGGGGGUGACAUCAAGGGCACAAAACUCAUGCUUGGCUGUAAUCAAACUCAAAUUGAGCGUACAGUUGAGGAUGUUAUACCGGGUGAUGUUCACAACACAGUCAAAGUUUUCAUGUCAGAGCCAACUGCCUCAUUGGAAAGGAUCCAAAAGGAGGAAAUUGUGAAAGGUGACUUAAGAGCUGCUUUGAAUUCAUUGUCUGAAUCAGUGAAUCAGACAGUCAUUGUAGAGAAAGAGGAGGUGGUGAAAGGCAACAUACCGAAAGCUCUACAGUGUUUGGAAAAGGCUCAGAAUAGGCACAAGGAGGUGGAGAAGCCAGAUAUCAUACCAGGAAAUAUCAAAGGGACUCUAAGAUCUCUUGAGAAAUCAGCAACAUCAAGAGUUGAAACUGUUGUUGAGGAUUUAGUUGCCGGAGAUGUGAGGGCAACGAUGAAAUCUCUGGAACUGGCGAAGCAAGUAGUGAAGGAAAUUGAAAAGGAAGAAAUUGUGAGGGGUGAUAUUCAGACAGCAAUGCAAAGUCUACAAGAUGCAUCCAGUGAGAUGAAAAAGUGUCAACAGGAAAUAGAUGUUCAGGGUGAUGUCAGAGGGACGAUUCAGCUCUUCAUGGAGUCCCCACCUACACAGAGGGUGCAAAGAAGCUCAAGCCUCGAGGGUGAUAUAAAGGGUGAUGUCAAGAUGUCAAUUAAGUCAUUAUAUGAGACUCAGGAGCAAAGCCAGCUGGAGAAAGAAGAAGUGAUAAAGGGGGAUGUAAAAGGCACUAUUAAAUCACUGCUAGAAACAGCGCAGCGUGAAACUCCAAAAGUCCGGCUGGGAGCAUAUAGAAGAGUUAGAGUCAAGCAGAGCCCACCCAUUAAAAAUCUUAAAACUGAUGCACAAAGAAACAUACAGAAGAUUAAAACGGUAAAUCUUGUUGAAACACCAAAAGAAAAUCACACCAUCUCCAAUGAAACCAUUACAAAAACAUACACUAUGGAGCAGUCGGCUCAGCAAUCAACAACUGUUGUGGACCACAAAACUAUUACCCAAAAUCACGGCAUCAAAACAUUAAAGACAGAGUUUCGUAACCUUAAAUCUAACCCAAAGGGCAUGAUAAAACUUGGUAAAACCAAAGUCAAAACUGAUGUUUACGUCUUACAACCAAAAGCACCAGAAGCUGAUCUGCCUCUCCCAUCGCCGCCUCCACCGGUGAUAGAUACUGACCUUCCUCCUCCUCCUCCUAGUCCUCAUCCUCCUUCCGCUGAUACUGACAUCGAUCACCUCCCUCCUCCACCACCACCACCACCGCUAACUACUGAGCAGGACUUCCUCCCACCUCCUCCAUCUCAACAAGAACUCGAGAGCAUGCCAGCACAACCAAUUCAUCCUUCACCAGCAAAGGCAAAAAAGAUGACAGUCAAAAAAGUAAAAGCUCCCGUUUUGCAUCCAGUACCAAAGCUGGAGCCUAAAGUAGAACUCAGCAAAACACAAGAGGUGGCAACAACUUCUGAGAAACAAGUGGAAAUGAGCCAAAACACAUUAAAAACAACAACAACAACAACAACAACGCAUACAUCAAAAAAUAUUUUAUAUGAGAUCCCUCCACCUCCAGAGUCACCACAGCCAUUAAAGAAAAUUUACAUUGCUCCCAUGAAAUUUACUCCUCCGCCAUCUCCUCCUCCUUUUAUGAGAGGGAAAAUGAGCAAAUUUAACACACCGUUAAUAAAAGCUGAAGAAAAGUACCGGAAGCUGAGGGAGGAAAACACACCACCAACCACUCCAUCACCCACUUUUAUAUAUGACUCAGUCACCUCUGCUCUCCAAAUGAUUUCCACUGAAGAUGCAGAGCAGUCAAAUGGCAUCAGCUCAGAAAUCACACAGGGCAGCAAUGCAAAGAUACCAGUGAGUGUUCAUUCAGAGUCACUGUCAUGUAAUCUAUCUAAGCAGAUCAUAGCCACAAAUCCAACACGGAGUAAUGCAAGUGAGAACAUCCUCACAGAUUCCACAAUUUUAUCUUCUGCUCAACAGCAAAUCGCCUCUAACGAGUCUUCCAAGGUUGUCUCUCUUCAAAAGACCACAUCCACUUCAGCUGUUAGACAACAGAUGCAUACAACUAUGCAGAAAACUGUUUCCUCAAAACAGUCUGCUCAAUCUGUCAAGGUGGACAAAGUGCAGACAAAAGUAAUUGACGUUGCAAAAACAGACAGCACAGCUGGUCGUACAAAGAAAGACUUGAAAAGUCAGAAAACAAAGGUGUCCAACAAAUCUGAAGAAAAACAAGAUGAGAAAACCACUGCCCAGAAACCUGACAUGGAAACAAUGCAUGACCUAUCCAAAAAGGAAACCAUAACUUCAAAUAAAAAUAAAGAAAGUGUUCCCAGUCAGCUAACGCAAACAGAAACGGCAGCUACUAAUGCAAAUGUUAAAACAGGCAAGCCAAACCAGAAGGUGAAAAAGAGCAAUAAACAAGAAAAGCAAGCAGAGAUAAAAUCGUCCAGUGAGACUGAGAAACAGAGUGUUUCACAAGAUUUCAAAGUGGAAGCUGCUGAGGUGAAACAGGAGAUUAAGAAAGUUACUCCCUCUCCUCCUCCUCAUCCUCCCCCUGCUGGUGUUGCUCCACCUCCUGUUACUGUAAGUACUGACAACCAAUCAGAAACCAACAGCACAAAUCCAGCGAAGAAGAAAAAGAAGUCAAAAAAGUCUAAAGGAGUUGCACAGUCAGGUCAAGGUAAAGAUAUUCUCACCGACUCAAAGACAGAAGUUAUAGAAACCAAGAAAACAACAUCUGAGAACACUCAGCAAAUGCAAAAGACAACUGCAGUCACCCAGAUUCACAAAGUAGAGCACAUAGAAGUCAAGAGAAAAGUCGUUACCACAGACAGCACAGAUGAUCGGGAUUCCACACAGCAAAAAACUGUUCAAAAGCAUGUAGAAGGAUCUGAAAAGACAGGUUUGACAGCUACUCAGCAGAGUGGGGAAGAACCACCAAAAGAAAGUAUGGAUGUGCCAAUUACAGUGACAGGCGAGUCAGAACAAGAUGAACCGAUUAAGUCCACAAUAGCACAAACAGAGGAAUCUCAAAAGCAGGAGGUCCAAGUGUUAAUCUCUCACUUCACAGAGAUGCAAAAGGCUUCAGAAAAGACCGAUGCAAAAUCUGCAAAGAGUUUGCUCAAUCAGGAAAGAAAAUGUGAACUGGAGGGAUCUGGAGAUGCAAGGGAUGCUCAAAAAAGUACAGAUAUUGUUUCCAAUGUAAGGAGAUUAGCAGAGGCCAAGCCAAUAGAUCUAGAAGAUGAAACCAAGGACAGGCGUGAAAGUGAGCCGGCAUCUGAGAGAGUGGUUUCUGGUGCAGCAUCACCAAAAAUAUCCAAGAUCAGCAUCGGUUCAGCCAAAGUUGAGAGCCAAACCAAGAAAGAAUCCUCACAUGAAAAAAAGAAAGAAGAAGUGAGUCUGUCCAAGUCCGUCGACCUUCGAGCUCCCUCACCCUCACUCAGGACACGUUCUCCCUCACCGACAUUCAUCACCAUCGAGUCCAAACGGAGAACUGACUCACCCCAGAGAGUGACGCCGUCACCCACCCUCCUGCACAGGCCACCCACACCUCCCACGCCGCCGCUACGCAGGUGUGACACUCCAACAUCACGUAUCACUAGAAUCACACCUUCUCCAACUUUUGACAAAGCUGAAAAUUUGGUUCGACUUAAAGACACAACAGCCAAGCUCUCGCGUGGCGUCACCCCACCACCGCUAUUUCCCAGCCCAAUCCCAGAAAAGAAAUCUGAGAUUGUGGAGCCGCCUGCUUCAUUCCAUCGACAAAUCAAAACCGAGUCCCAGGUUAUGGAGGCUUCAGGGAUAUUGAUGGCAACAGAAAAGCCCCGAAAGAGUUUGAGUGCAAAUGAAAUACAAAGUAAGUCUGAGACCCAUAUGCCAUUGGGUCAAAAUGACCCACAUCUUGCUGAAGCUUCAGAAUUAUCAUCUGCAUCCGUCAAAGAGAAGAAAGAGUUUUUUGAAGAGGCUCAAAAAGCAGGAGUUAAUAAGAUCUAUGUGCGCAAGGAACCGAUUGCUAUUCCUGAGCGACUGGGCCCAGACGUCAGUGAGUGUGAAGCAGAAAAUAAGAACAAAGAAAAGGAUGAGCUUCCCAGGGCUGACUUGUCGAGUCUUGUAAACAAAUUUGCAUCACCAGAAGAGAAAACAUAUAUCAGAAAAGAGCUUAUCCCACUCACGGAGCGCCUUCACAAUGACUCCAAAAGCAAAGAUUGUGACAAAGAGAAAGCAGACGGCCUGGAACAGGAAAUGCCAGCUUUUGACAUCCAGGCUAUUAAAAAUGUUUUUGAACUCGGUGAGCAAAGUUCUUUAUUCAGAGACGAGAUAAAGGAUCAGGAGGAGCUUGUGUCAAGCCUGAGUGAAACAACAGCAGACACUUCAAAGCAAGAAAGUCCUCAAGAGACAAAGGGAGGCUCAAGGCAGAGCACUCCCCUCCCUGUGCAGAAAAAUGAGGUAGGAACUGUGCCAGCCGAACCAUCAGCCCUCUCUGAAACCGAAUCAAUCACAGAGCAUUUCUCACAUCUUGAUGAAUUUGGUAACAAGGUCACCGGAACAAGGACAGCUGUCACUGUGCACUCUGAGAGUGUGUCAACCCUACCCAAAGCUCCUUUCUCCUAUGCUGAUGCAGUGAAAAGAAAAGCUGCUGCAGCGAGGCGAACAGAAACAUACGAUGAAGACGCUACAGAGAAGUUGCUGAGGAAUUUCCAUAAAACAUGGACGGAGAGCGAGACAGUCUUCAAGAGUCUUGGAUACACUGUUUCUGAGGAAACAACGUCGCAAGUUGUGUCGCACCAGACGAAGAUUGCCUCAUCUGGUUCGAGUUCUGAGGUCGGAGCUGUGCACGGUGUGCCGGAGGAGAGCCUAUCCGAUGGAUGCUCUCAUAGUGGACAAAAAAAAGUACCAUAAGUCCUGUUUCUGCUGUGAGCACUGCAGGAACAAAUUAAGCCUAGGAAAUUAUGUCUCACUCCAUGGACAUUUGUACUGCCUACCCCAUUACAAACAACUCCUG